UGCGCCUCUACGGCACCGGCCUCAGCAACCACAGCUGGGCCUGGGUGGCCUUCGCGCCCGCGGGGGGGCCCUGCCCGGCCCGGGGGGGGGCCCCCUCCGCCGCCCCGCCCGCCGACGCGCUGCAGGUGCUGCCCGACAACAGCCCCGGCGGGAGCACGCGGUGCUGGUGCGCGUGGCCGUGUCCCCGCCGGGCCCCGCGGCCGGUACCAGCUCUGCAGCCGCCUGGGGCCCGGGCAGCCCUGGGGCCCGGCCGCCCCGGGCGACGCUGUCAUCGUGGACGAGGACGAGGGCGGGGGCGGGCGAGCGGCGGCCGUGGCCCUGCCGCCCCCCUUGGCCCCCUGGCUGCUGGGCACGCUGGUGGCCCUGCUGCUGGCCCUGUCCUCCCUGCUGCGGGUCCUGCAGCUCAGCACCCUGUGGCUGGACCCCGUGGAGCUGUACGUGCUGCGGGACUGCGGCUCGGAGGCGGAGCGCAAGGCCUGCAAAGCCCUGGAGCUGGUGAGGCAGCGGGGCACCUUUGCCCUCUGCUCCCUGCUGCUGCUGAGCUCGCUGGCCAACGCCGCCCUGGCCGUGCUGUUCUACUGGGCCGUGCGCAUGGUGGCACCUGCUGUCCUGGCCGUGGCCGGCUUGGUCUUUCUGCUGGCUGAGGUGCUGCCCUUCGCCGUCAGCUCGCGCUGGGGGCUGGCGCUGGCUCCCCGCGGGCUCUGGCUGACCCAGCUCUGUAUGCUGCUCACCUUCCCCGUCUCGCUGCCGCUCAGCAAGCUGCUGGAGCUGGCCCUGCAGCACGACGCCAGCACCUGCCUCCUGCGGGAGAAGAUCGUGGACAUGGUGCGCAACAGCGACCCGUACAACGAGUUCGUGCGCGAGGAGUUCAGCAAGGGUGCCCUGCGCAACAAGACGGUGGAGGACGUGCUGACGCCGCUGGACAAGUGCUUCAUGCUCAACGCCAACGCUGUGCUGGACUUCAAAAGCAUGUCCAUGAUCAUGCAGAGCGGCUACACCCGCAUCCCCGUCUACGAGGAGGAGCGCACCAACCUGGUGGACAUGCUCUACGUCAAGGACCUGGCGCUGGUGGACCCGGACGACUGCGUGCCGCUCAGCACCAUCAGCAAGUUCUACAACCACCCCCUGCACUUCGUCUUCAACGACACUAAGCUGGACGCCGUCCUGGAGGAGUUUAAACGAGGCAAAUCGCACCUGGCCAUUGUGCAGAAGGUGAACAACGAGGGAGAGGGUGACCCCUUCUACGAGGCCAUCGGGCUGGUGACGUUAGAGGAUGUCAUCGAGGAGAUCAUCAGGUCGGAGAUCCUGGACGAGUCAGACGACUACAAGGAGAACAAGGUGCGGAAGAGGCCGGUCCCCAUGGGCACCCUGCUGGAGCACAGGAAGGAAGAUUUCUCCUUGUUCAAGGGCUCUGACAACGAGCACAAGGUGAAGAUCUCCCCGCAGCUCUUGCUGGCCACACAGCGCUUCCUAUCCCGAGAGGUGGAUCUGUUCAGCCCGGCCCGCAUCUCCGAGAAGGUCCUGCUGCACCUGCUGAAGCACCCCAGUGUCAACCAGGAAGUGAAAUUCAAUGAGAGCGACCGCCUGGCGCCCGAGCACUACCUGUACCAGCGCAACCAGCCCGUCAACUACUUUGUCCUGGUCCUGCAGGGCAGGGUGGAAGUGGAGAUCGGGAAGGAGGGGCUGAAAUUCGAGAAUGGAGCGUUCACGUACUACGGUGUCUCGGCGCUGAUGGCACCCUCCUCGGUUCACCAAUCGCCAGUGUCCACCCUGCGGCCGAACCGGCGUGAGCAACCGCUAGACUGCAGCGAGAGCACCUCCUAUUCCACCUACUGCCCCGACUACACCGUCCGGGCGCUCACCGACCUGCAGUUCAUCAAGGUGACCCGGCUGCAGUACUUCAACGCUCUCAUGGCUUCCAGGAUACAGCCGUCUCCCCAGUCGCCCGACAGCCUGGAGCUGAAGAUUGUCCCCAACAGCCAGACGAAGCUCCUGGACGACAGGAACACCGUGCCAGCAGCUGAGUGUCUCUCUUGCGCGCUCUGUCCAGCCACGCACUCUCUCUUGGGCACAGCUGAGCUCUGCAGUUGAUAGCGGGUUCUGCGGGAUCCAUGGGGUUACUGAUGGGCAGGAGGAAAAAGCAGCCAGCCCCUUGGGGAAGAGGAGCACACGGGCAUCUAACCCCUCCCCCGUGCAGGACCUGCUGACAGCAGCGUGGGAGCUGGCAUCAUCCUCCCGGCUGUCCUAGCUGCCUCGUGGCUGGGAGUCAGGCCCUGGGGACUUUUCUGACAGCAGCAGAAAUCUCAUGGGGCGGGAUGCCCCAGACGCCCUCUGCACACACCCCCCCGUGCUGCCUGAAGGGGCUGCCCCAAAGGAUGCCAGCCACUUGGACUCUGCUCCAGAGGAUCUCGCUGCAUCAGGACCAACUGCCAGGGCAGCCAGAGCUGGAUUCCAGUCCACAGGAGAACGACCCAAUUCCCCCCUCGGUGGCCAGAGCCCCAGGCAGCAUCAGCACCUGUGCUGACAAACCUCCAGGGACCAGCGCCCAGAUCAAACCAGACCCGCUGGGUGGGGGCUGCAGGAGAGCUCCCCGUGGUGGGGUUGUGGGCUGGUUCCUCCCAUAGGGUGCCCUCUGCGUGUGCCUGGACUAGGCAUUCCUCUCCUUGGUGUGUUCUCUGCCAGGCUGCCCUGGGCACCCUGGGCUGUCCCUCCUCUGCCAGGAUCAGCCUGGGCCAUUCCCCUGCACACGCCAAGCCAGCUCUGCUCCAGGAGCCAUGCUGGGAUGCCUCAGCCUGCCCUAGGGCAGAGCUGUGUGGCCAGUUACCUGUCUAGGCUUCCCUUCCCAUGGGGCGCUGGGUGUCACCCCAUCCCUGCCCUCCUGAACCAGGGCCCAUCACCACCAGCUCCUUCCAGCGGCUGCCAGCAGAGCGCCCAUAUGGCAGGCUGGGCUCUGCCCCUGCGCCCCUGGCUCUCUCUUCCCAAGGCACUGGGGGUGCUGCCCUUCCCUGGGCUCUGCAACCUGAGCCAGUCUUCACAAGUGGGCCUGGUGGGGCUGCCAUCAGUUAGCGGGGUUGAUUGCUGGGGGGCACAGUCCUUGCAGCCCUGUCCUCCCCUUCCCCCCAAGGAGGAGAGAUCACAGGGGCCCCGGGCACGCGGUGCCGCGAUUGCAGACUGCAUUGAGCAGCCCAGUGGACGGAGAUCCCCACCCCUCGGACACGUUGCCUGGCCGCAGGCCCUGGGGGGGCUAAAGGUCUGACAUGGACGCUGGGCAGGACACUUGCCUUGUUUGCUCCUCUCUACUCCUCGGGUUUUCAAAGCGCCAGAUGCUAGGCGGGAGAGCGGCGUCUGGCCCCAGAACAGCAGAGCCUGUUGAAAAGCCGGGGGCGUGCAGGUAAAGGAGUUGUAAUCUGCUCUGUCGUAUCCGCGCCUGUCUGUCCCUAUCCCAUGGCCUCCGCGCGGCGUGGGGAGGGGCCUGGGAUGGA